UCCUGUGCGCCGAAGUCACUCCAGCCUUAAUUACUCCAACUUCUCCAACUUUGGAAGGAUUGCGCGGAGCGGUACGUGUAGCGGCUCCUGUCCCCGCACGACCACACCACACGCCUCUCCAGCUGCUGCAGCCUGCUGUGCUCCACCAUGCACUCCAGCCAUGUCAGCCCUCUGCUCGUCUCUCUGCUGUGCAUCGGGCUCACUGUCCAGUCUGAGCUGGAGACGGAUGAAGUGGUUCCCAGGCUGCUGUCCGGCCAGGAGGCGCACCUGUCCACCCACCACACCGCCCGCGCUCAGCGGCGCCGGGGUCAGCGCUCCGUGGACGCCCCGGGGGGAGGACACCCUGACCCGGACUACAUCAUCGUGACACUGCCCGCUUUUGGAAGGGACCUGUAUUUGAAUCUAACGCGGGAUAGUACGUUUCUCUCGGGGGACUUCGUGGUGGAGGAGCGGCGCAGGGACCAGAGCGCAGCGGUCCGAAGCCUGCCCACGAACCAGCUCUGCUUUUACUCUGGCUCCAUCGUCAACCACACGGAUUCCCUGGCAUCUUUAAGCACCUGUGGCGGUCUAACUGGGCUCGUCCAGAUUGGGGAGGACAGCCUGUUCAUCCAGCCUGUGGGUGAAAGCGACCCAUCACAGUCGUUCUCUGGACUUAAACACCAACUGCUGCGACAGCGACGCUCUGCAAAGAGUGUCUAUGCUCCAUAUGCUGACCACACCAAAUUCUGUGGGACGAAACAAGCAGUAAAGAAAAAGGAGAAGAGAUCAAAAGUAGGUGAGGAUGGUCGUGGGAAGAGAAACGCCAUUCGCCUGCAUGAAGCAUACACUGUGGAGACGGUGGUGGUGGCAGACUCGGACAUGGUGCAGUACCAUGGUGCUGAGGCGGCGCAGAGGUUCCUUCUCACAGUCAUGAACAUGGUCUACAACAUGUUCCACCACCAGAGUCUAGGUGUGAGGGUCAACAUUCGAGUCACCAAGCUGGUGUUGCUUCACAGCCGCCCAGAAAAGCUACAUGUGGGCCAUCAUGGAGAAAGGUCUCUGGAGAGCUUCUGCCAUUGGCAGUACCAAGAGUUCGGGGGGCCGCGCUACCUGGGCACCAACCAUGUUCCUGGUGGAAGGGAUGAUAUCCCACCAGUGGAUACAGCUGUGCUGGUCACCAGGACAGAUUUCUGCGUCCAUAAAGAUGAACCCUGUGAUACAGUGGGUAUCGCUUAUCUGGGUGGUGUCUGCAGUGCCAAGAGGAAGUGUGUGUUAGCAGAGGACAAUGGACUCAAUUUGGCCUUCACCAUUGCUCACGAGCUGGGACACAACAUGGGGAUGAGCCACGAUGAUGACCACGCCACCUGCACAGGUCACUCCCACAUCAUGUCUGGUGAAUGGGUGAAAGGAAGAAACCCCAGCGACCUGUCCUGGUCCUCCUGCAGCCGUGAUGAUCUGGAGAACUUUCUCAGAUCCAAAGCCAGUGGCUGCCUUUUGUACACAGACCCAAGGAGCCGGUACCAGGUCCGGCUGCCCCCCAAGCUGCCAGGUAUGCACUACAGCGUGGAUGAACAGUGCCAAAUCCUGUUUGGAACCAAUGCCACUUUCUGCAAUGACAUGGAGCACUUGAUGUGUGCUGGCCUGUGGUGUCUGGUAGAAGGUGAUUCUUCAUGUAAGACCAAACUGGAUCCGCCUCUAGAUGGGACAGAGUGUGGAGCAGACAAGUGGUGCAGGGCAGGCGAGUGUGUCAGUAAGACACCCAUCCCUCAGCAUGUGGACGGUGACUGGAGUCCAUGGAGCCAGUGGAGCAUGUGCAGCAGGACCUGCGGUACUGGAGUCCAGUUCAGACAGAGGAAAUGUGACAACCCUCCGCCUGGUCCUGGUGGGCGACAGUGUCAGAAGGCCAGUGUGGAGCACAAGGCUUGUGAAAGUCCUCCCUGUCCCAAGGGCGCACCCAGCUUCAGAGACCUGCAGUGUCUGUCCUACGACCGACAUGCAAGCAAGAAGAAGGGCAACAUGCUGACAGCUAUUAUUAAUGAUGAGAAGCCCUGUGUGUUGUUCUGCAGCCCGGUGGGUCGAGAUGUCCCAGCCUUGAUGGCUGACAGAGUGAUGGAUGGGACACCGUGCGGACCAUAUGAAGCUGACCUGUGUGUUAACGGGAGGUGCCAGAAAAUCGGCUGUGAUGGCGUCAUCGGCUCUUCGGCUAAAGAGGAUCGCUGUGGCGUUUGCAAUGGAGAUGGGCGCUCCUGUAAGAUAGUGAGAGGAGACUUCAACCACACUAAAGGAAUGGUCACCACUAGGCAGUGUAAGAGGGUAUCUACCUGUGUGAUGGCUAAACCCAGAGCUGUCCCCAAGUGUUUCUCAUGCUACAUCGAGGCUGUGGUUAUCCCUGCAGGAGCCAGGAGAAUCAAAGUUGUGGAGGACAAACCUUCACAUAGCUUUCUAGCCCUGAAAGACUCCAGUAAGAGAUCCAUCAACAGUGACUGGAAGAUUGAGCUUCCAGGGGAGUUUGAGCUGGCCGGGACCACAGUGCGCUAUGUGAGAAGGGGACUGUGGGAGAAGAUGUCUGCCAAAGGACCCACUAAGACGCCCUUACACCUCAUGGUGCUGCUCUUUCACGACCAGAGCUAUGGUAUCCACUAUGAGUACACAGUGUCCCUGAACACAUCUCAGGACAGGAGAAAUGAGGAGCACAAGGAAAAAGAGUAUCUCUACAUCUGGACGCACAGCAGCUGGCAGGACUGUACUGUCCAAUGUGGAGGAGGUGAACGGAGGACAGUGGUUUCCUGUAUGAGGAUAGCCAAUAAAACCAUGGAUGUGGUGAACGAUAGCUACUGUCAACUGGAGAACCGACCACAGCCCCAUGUGCGAUCCUGCAACUCUCACCCCUGCCAGUACCGGUGGGUGACAGGUGAGUGGGGUUCCUGCUCCGUCACAUGUGGUAAAGGUCUCCAGCAGAGGGAGGUGGUUUGUGUUUACCACCUACAGAACGGCUCACUCAUCCACACCAGGGGCCUGUACUGCCAGGGAGGAAAACCUCCUGUUCUGCAGGGCUGUGAGGGCCGCCUCUGCCUCACUGUGUGGGAGGCUUCAGAGUGGUCCAAGUGUUCGUCAGAAUGUGGUCAAGGUGUUCACCGGCGGACGGUAUCGUGUACAAACCCUCAGGGUCUAUGUGAUCCCUUGUCCCAACCUUCUCAAGAGGAGCCCUGUGAGGACCACUCCAAAUGCUAUGAAUGGAAGACUGGAGACUGGUCGAAGUGUUCGUCAUCCUGUGGGAAGGGCCUUCAGUCACGAGUGGUCCAGUGUAUGCACAUAGUGACUGGUCGUCAUGGUAAUGACUGCCCGGUGACACUGAGACCACCAACCUACCGACCUUGCCACCAUGGUGCGUGUAAUGAGAAAAUCAAUGUGAACACCAUCACCUCCCCCAGGCUAGCUGCUCUGACCUACAAAUGCAUGGGGGACCAGUGGACAGUGUACUGCCGCGUGAUCCGAGAGAAGAACCUCUGUCAGGACAUGAGGUGGUACCAGCGCUGCUGUGAAACCUGUAGGGACUUUUAUGCCAAGAAAAUACUGCACAAGAGCUAAUGACCAAAUACACCCACCUUCCUCUUAAUAGCCCUCAAUUUUGCAAAUGGUUUUAAUAUUGUUAAAUAAGAAAACAAUUUUUAUUAUUGAUGGAAAAAAAUGGCAAGUACACAUAAGUGUACAUUUGAAAUGGGCUUAUAAGCUUCUAGUUUGAGGAAGACUUGAAAAUGUCCAAUGUUUCUUUUGCUGUACACCAAAACUUUUCUAAACAAAUGUGGAGUCUAAGGAAAACCAAUCCAGACCACUGUAUUUCACAUAAAUGAAAAUACGUGCUUGAAGUUGACUGGCAGGUCUAUGAGAUAUCAUGGGGUGAAGUCAGAGCUUUUUCUUCUCCUAUCUUUUUUAAUUAUGCUCUCCUUUGUAUCUUUUUUUCUCUGUACUGUACUGUAUAGCUAAUUGUUGCAAUUUCAAAUAACUAGCAAAUAGGUUUAUAUAUAGGUAAAC